UGGCACACCUCAAUUCCAAGUUUGUCCCUUUCCUGGCUUUAGUUUUCCAGCCCCAUCCCUCAACUUCACCAAGCUGAGGUCAAAACUUUGCCGGAAGCCGAUUCUUGUUCGGUUUCAAAACCCUAACCCUAAACCUAAACCCCAAACCCAAUCCAAAUGUCAUGACAAACAAUCGAAUCUCUAUUUCUUAGAUCGAUUCCAACGAGCACUGAUUGGAAAUAAUGCAAUUGAGGAUCUCGAACCAAUCGAGAAGGAAAAUUUUCCCACUUGUCGAUUCCAAUCUCUACACUGUUCGGAGUGAGCCCAAGAUUGUAGCCGCCAUUGCUUCUUUACACGAUAAAGCUUUCCCCAAUCCUCAUUCGAAUCACUCCGAGGUUUGGUUCGUCAAGGUUGUAUGUACUCUCUGUAUUCGUUUCUCCACGAGGUCUCUCGAUAUUUUUCAUUCCGAUUAUUUUCGUAACAACCUAAGUCCUUUGAUUGCAUUCGACGUUAUCAAAUGCCUAAAUUAUAAUCAUAGUAAUCCCAAGUUAGCUUUUAAUUUCUUUCAGUUUACUAGGCUCAAUUUGAAUCUUAUUCAUUCGUUCAAUACAUACAAUGUGCUUUUAAGGUCUCUUUGUCAAAUGAGUCUUCAUGAUUUAGCUAAAUUGGUAUUUGAGUACAUGAGGAUUGAUGGGCAUUUGCCUGAUAGUUCAAUUUUAGAAUUCUUGGUAUCGUCGUUUGCGAAUUGGGGUAAGUUUGAUUUUGCAAAACAAUUGCUUUCUCAUGCUCAAUCCGACAAUGUAGAGCUUCGUUCUUUUGUAUAUAAUAACUUAUUGAGUCUGUUGGUGAAACAAAAUCGGGUACAAGAGGCUGUGUGCUUAUUCAGAGAGCAUAUUUUAAGGUUGCAGUUUUAUCGGGCUGAUACUUGCACGUUCAAUAUUGUAAUUCGAGGUCUGUGCAGAGUAGGAGAGGUUGAGAAAGCUAUUGGGUUUUUCAAUGAUAUGGGGAGUUUUGGUUGUUUGCCUGAUGUUAUAACAUACAAUACACUUAUUAAUGGAUUUUGUAGGGUUGGUGAGGUGGAUAGAGGUCUUGAGCUAUUGAGAGAAAUUCAGUCUGGAAACACGUUUUCUCCAGAUGUUGUAACUUUUACAUCAGUGAUAUCAGGAUAUUGCAAGUCGGGUAACAUGGAGUUGGCUUCGAAUAUUUUUGAUGAGAUGGUUAGUUCUGGAAUUAAACCAAGUUUGGUUACUUUUAAUGUUCUCAUUGAUGGUUUUGGCAAGAACGGUGACAUGUCAUCUGCACUGAAUAUUUAUGAUAAGAUGCUUUUUCUUGGUUGUCAUCCUGAUGUUGUUACCUUCACAUCUCUAAUUGAUGGUAAUUGUCGGAGUGGGCAGGUCGAUAAAGGAUUGGGGCUUUGGGAUGAAAUGUAUGUGAAAAAUUUGACUCCUAAUGUGUAUACUUUUGCCAUUCUUGUCAAUGCUUUGUGCAAGGAGAAUAGAAUUGAUGAGGCUCGUGAUAUAUUACGACAGUUGAGAUGGAGGGAUGAUAUUGUUCCCCAACCAUUUAUUUACAACCCUGUGAUUGAUGGGUUUUCUAAGGCUGGUAACAUUGAUGAGGCAAAUGUGAUUGUUGCAGAAAUGGAGGCGAAGAGAUGCAAGCCUGAUAAAUUAACAUUCACUAUUCUCAUUAUUGGACAUUGUAUGAAAGGGAAAAUGAAUGAAGCAAUAAACAUAUAUAAUAAGAUGUUGGCAAUUGGUUGUGCACCAGAUAGAAUUACUGUAAAUUCUUUGAUUUCUUGCCUCUUGAAGGCUGGGAUGCCUAAUGAUGCCUUUAAGAUAAUGCAAACUGCAUCAGAGGACUUGAACUUUGGGAUUGCAUCUUCAAGGAGAAAUGUUCCAAUUAGGACAAAUAUGGACAUUCCAGUGGCUGUUUAAUGGAAAGGGUUGCCAAUACAUCUGAUGUUGUGGACCUGGCAGUUGCAUGCAUGAGGUCCUUCCGCUAUCAUGAUCCAAAUAUGAACUAUACUUCCAACUUGUGGCAUCAAGAAGUUAGCAAGUGGUCCAUGAUAAGUGAAUUCCGUUCAGCUUUGCAGCUUGCUAAAGAGCUAAGAUUUUCUCUGUCCUUUCAGCGCGCUGGUUAAAAACAACUUAUAUGCAGAAGCAGAAUGCAGAUUUUGUAUGGACUAGUUUGGAGGUGGGUGAAGAUAUUGGUAAAGCUGUAAAAGAAUCUCCUGAGUUGAUUCAACCUUUGUAUUCCCGAGACACAUUUUAUCUCAACCUAUCGGCAACUCUUGUGUUUUUGUAAUGACAGAGACCUGACAAUUUGUGGAUCUUAGAUUAGAUUUGACAACUACACUAAACAUAUUGCUUGCCCCUUAGUGACUCCUUUCUACAACAAAGGCCUCUACGGAUGAGUCAAGUAUGAGGAUUGCAGAUGUAAAGUCAGAUCGAUACCAAUUGGUGUUAUUGGUUGUUCUUCUGCUUCGUUCUUUCUGGGGAGACUGAUUCAACACAAGACAAGUUUAUUAGCUCUGUACUUCAUUCUUUUUUUUUUUUUGAGCAGGCUCUGUACUUCGUUCAAGGGGAAGAAUUUUGAUCUUCGGGAAAUGGUAUAGAAGCCUUUACAUCUCAUAGCAAUCUGCAUUCAUUCAGUAAUGCUGAUGGUUUCUUCUUCCGGGUCAGCGUGACAAUGAAAGGGAACUUGGAAAUCUAAUGG